GGUGAUUUUUUUCCCCCCUCGGAUAAGGUACUCUGUUUGUCUCAGAAUUUCUCUAUAUAUAGAGAGAGCCCAUGAAACAUUAGAAAGAUGAAAAAAACGCAAAUGGCUUCUCCUACAUGGCUGCCUCCUCUUCUUCUUGUCAUUCCUUUAUUAUUCUAUAUCUUGAAAAAGAGACUUCAAGCUAUGAGAUCACAGAGCAAGCACCAACCUCCAGGGCCUCCAGGCAUUCCAAUCAUAGGCAAUUUGCACCAACUUGGGAAAUUGCGUCAUCAAUCUCUAUGGCAGUUCUCCAAGAAAUACGGUCCUGUGAUGCUUAUCCAACUUGGUCGUGUACCCACACUUAUUAUCUCCUCUGCAGAUGCAGCUAAGGAGGUCUUGAAGACCCAUGACCUCAAUACUUGCAGUAGACCUCUCCUGGCUGGGACAGGAAAGCUAUCCUACAACUAUCUUGAUAUAGCCUUCACUCCCUAUGGAGAUUACUGGAGAGAGAUGCGAAAGAUUUGUGUUCUUGAGCUAUUUAGUGCCAAGAGAGUGCAGUCAUUUCAAUUUGUUAGAGAAGAAGAGGUUGAUUUGCUUAUCAAUUCCAUCUCCAAUUUUUCUUCCUCUGCCACUCCUGUUGAUCUCAGUGAGAAGAUAUUGUCUCUCACUGCGAACAUAACUUGUAGAGCAGCUUUUGGGAAGAGUUUUCAAGAGAGAGGGUUCAGCCAUGAAAGAUUCCAAGAAAUUAUUCAUGAAGGUAUGGCAAUGCUUGGGAUCUUCUCUGCAGCUGAUUUCUUUCCUUGUGUGGGCUGGAUUGUUGAUAGACUCACAGGCCUCCAUGCAAGGCUUGAAAGGAACUUUCAAGAAUUUGAUGCUUUCUACCAGCAGGUGAUAGAUGAUCACAUCCAAAAGCGAAGCAAACAGCAUAGACAGGAAGAUUUUAUCGAUGUUUUGCUUGAGAUGGGGAGAUUUCAAACUGAAUCUGCUGCAAUUCAAUUGUCCCAAGAUCAUAUUAAAGCGAUUCUCAUGAACAUAUUCCUGGCCGGAGUCGAUACGGGAGCAAUAACCAUGGUUUGGGCCAUGGCAGAGCUUGCUAGACACCCUAGAGUUAUGAGAAAAGCACAAGAAGAAAUCAGAACUUGCAUUGGAAAUAAAAGAACAGUCUCUGAAAAUGACAUUGAUAAGCUUGUAUACCUAAAGAUGGUAGUGAAAGAAACAAUGAGACUGCACCCACCAAGCACACUACUAGUUCCAAGAGAAACCAUGUCCAAAUUCAGCAUCAAUGGCUAUGAGAUUCAGCCCAAGACUCGAAUCCAAGUCAAUGUGUGGGCAAUAGGAAGGGACCCCAAGAUUUGGAGAAACCCAGAAGAGUUCUUUCCGGAGCGGUUCAUAGACAAUCCCAUUGACUUUAGAGGGCAGCAUUAUGAAUUGUUACCAUUUGGUGGUGGCAGGAGAGGCUGUCCUGGAAUCUCUAUGGGAAUAGUUACAGUGGAGCUUGCACUUGCAAACCUUCUCUUUUGUUUUGAUUGGAAGUUGCCUUAUAAUAUGAAGGAGGAAGAUCUCAACAUGGAAGAGGCUGCUGGUCUUACAACUUACAAGAAAGAAGCUCUAAUGCUUGUGCCAAUUAAACAUCAACCUGCAUAAAAACAAAAAUUACAUGUUCUUAAGUUGCUUUUCUUUGCAUUAAUACUAUAUGUAUGGAAUAAAACCAACAAAUAAUUCAUUAAUUUGAGGACGAAUUUAAUAAAAAAAAUUUUACGAAUAAA